AUGCUGCACAACGAGCAUUACAAAGAUGAUAUGAUUUACAUCACACAAUUGACACGAAAUGUUUUGAGCCUACUUGGGGUUUGGCCGAAUUACAACAGAAGAAGAACUAUUGGCGAAAAAAUUUGGAAGUACUUCCUAAUCUCGGUCUCUUACAUUCUUCUUUAUUGCGUCCUGAUUCCCGGUGCCUUAUUUUGGAUGAUUGAGAAGAGAACGCGAGUCAGAGUCCAAACGAUCCCUUUACUUUUUUACGGUUUCAUGGCCAGUGGUAAAUAUAGCAAUUUGGUAUUCCGUGAGAAAAAUAUCAAACGCUGCUUGAAACACAUCGAACAGGAUUGGAGAAUCGUUACCAGUGCAGAGGGACGAGAUAUGAUGAUUGAAUCCGCGAAGAUAGGAAGACGCCUAGUCACACUUUGUGCAGUCUUCAUGUACGGCAGCGGGCUUUCCUUUCGAUCAAUUCUGCCAUUUGCCAAAGGAAAAAUUGUCACUGCGCAAAAUAUUACGAUCAAACCGCUGCCUUGUCCGGCUUACUUCUUUUCAUUUGAUAUACAAGUCAGCCCCGCUUACGAGCUGAUAUUUGUAAUGCAAUUUUUAUCCGGGAUAGUUACCUAUUCGAUAACGAUAGCUUUAUGUGGCCUCGCAGCUGUUUUUGUGAUGCACGCUUGUGGCCAACUAAGAAUUUUAGUAGAUUUGAUGAGAAAUCUCGUCGAGGAUCAAUGGCAAGAAAAACAAGAAGUGGAUAAAAAACUAGCUAAAAUGGUUGAACAUCAAAUACGAAUUCGAAGUUUUUUACAAUUGGUAGAAAAUACUUUACAACAAGCGUGUUUAAUAGAAUUGAUGGGGUGCACGAUGAUAGUCUGUCUUUUGGGAUAUUUUAUAAUAAUGGAAUGGGAAAAUAGCAAUUCAAUAGCUAUGUGCUCUUAUGUUAUAACACUUACAUCUCUGAUGAUAAAUAUGUUCAUGUUUUGUUAUACUGGUGAACAACUUACCGUUCAGGCAGAAAGAGUGGCUAGUACAUCUUGCGAACUCGAGUGGUAUCGUCUUCCGGAUAAGAAAGCGCGUGGGAUCGUGCUGGUGAUAAUCAUGUCGAAUAUGCCCACCAAGGUCACUGCUGGGAAAAUCAUGGAUCUAUCAUUCAAAACAUACGGUGAUGUCGUAAAGACAGCUGUAACGUAUUUUAAUAUGCUUUUAAAUGUAGCCGGUUAA